GAAGUUUGUUUUUGUUGAAACUGCCACUGAAUCCUCUACCAGUGAAGAUGUUUUUUGCGUUGUUUCUUCUUCCUGAUAUUAAGUUAUUGUUUCUCUCGAUUUGGUUCGUCUAGCUCGCUCAAUUAAAUCGUAUUUUGAUUUGGUUUUCUUCUCAGCCAGUUUGUAGCUGCUGCUGAGGGAAGACAAGGCUCCGAAAAUGAGCAAGCUUCAGAGCGAAGCCUUGAGAGAAGCCAUUUCCUCUAUCUUCGGUGAUAGCAGUGAAAAGAAACGCAACUUUACUGAGACCAUUGAACUUCAAAUUGGACUGAAGAACUAUGAUCCACAGAAGGACAAGCGUUUCAGUGGAUCAGUGAAGUUGCCCCAUAUCCCUCGCCCUAAAAUGAAGAUUUGCAUGCUUGGAGAUGCUUUGCACGUUGAAGAGGCAGAGAAGAUUGGUUUAGAUUAUAUGGACGUGGAAGGUCUGAAGAAGCUAAACAAGAACAAGAAAUUGGUGAAGAAACUUGCCAAAAAAUAUCACGCCUUUUUAGCUUCUGAAGCUGUUAUCAAGCAAAUUCCCCGUCUUCUGGGCCCUGGGCUCAACAAGGCAGGAAAGUUCCCUACCCUGGUUACUCACCAAGAAUCCCUCGAGUCUAAAGUAAAUGAGACGAAGGCAAUGGUUAAGUUCCAAUUGAAGAAGGUUCUUUGCAUGGGUGUGGCCGUGGGCAAUGUUGCCAUGGAAGAGAAGCAAGUUUUUCAGAACGUUCAAAUGAGUGUCAAUUUCCUCGUUUCCUUGUUGAAAAAGAACUGGCAAAACGUGAGAUGCUUGUACCUGAAGAGUACUAUGGGGAAGGCAUAUCGAGUCUUCUGAGGAAUUUUCAAAACUUAGAACAGUACUGUUUGCUCUUAAAUUGAAGAACCAGGUUGAGAUGAAAUUCUAUGCUUAUGAUUGAUGAAAAAUUUUCCUGUUUGUUUUUUUUUUAUUUUUUAUUAUUAAACCAUUAGCUGCACAAUCGUUAUCACUUAUGAUGGGUGUAAUGCUUUUUAUUUUUUCCAUCUUGUUUCACGAUACAUGUUUUGUAGAUGUAUUUUUUU